GCUACUGCACAACGAGUAUAUCAGACUGUGUAAGUGACGCUGCACCAAGGCACACUUUAAUCUUACUUCGUUUGGAAACGCAAUCACUAAUCUGCCCAUGUAUAAAUUUUCCUUAAUUUUUUGUAUAUCUCUGUUUCAUUCUGCCAAACAGUGAGGGUGAUAGAGUUCUUAUCUCUGUGUCAUGUAAUGUGUGAGACAGUCCAAAUUCACUAAAAUAGUUGCUCUGUUCCCCCGUGAGAGUUCUCUGUCUGAAUGAUGAGUCCCCACCACCUUUUUUCCAUCCAGAAGUGAUUUAUAUUGAGUAAACGAUUUGGAUCACCGAUGUAUUAGUGUGUGUGGAAUUGAACCAGUUACCCAAGAUAUCUGAGAAGGAAUUACACCGCUGCUUCGAAAAGUAAAUAACAAAUGUUUUCCACCGUUCGCUUAUGGACCAUAGACUUUUUAUGGACAGGAUCGUUUUCUUUAGUUGGAUAUCGACUCAUCAGUACAACAAGGCUAUUUAAUUCUCGCCAGUGAAGAGGAUUUUCUUUUCAUUCUUCACUUCAGUCUGGUUCAAGGCACUUCAUUUCCUAAAGCAGUGAUGUUGCUACGUGACGGGAAUUGAGUAUUCUAUCCUAUAUUCACUAAAAAGAAAUUGCAGACCUUACAAGAAGAGAUCUCCACCCACUCUGAGCAUGGACUUGGCGAGUGAUGCCCAUACUCUGGUGCUUUUUCUCACCUGCCUGGCAUCACUGUGCUGGGCCCAGGAGAAAGACUACACGGUGAAAGAGGAGCAGCCAGAGAACAUGCACAUUGGGAACCUGCGCAAAGACCUAGACCUGAGCCUGGACCCAAACAUUAAACUGUCCUCAGCCCUGCAGUUCAAACCAGUCUACAAAACAGGUGAUGUGCCUUUGGUUAGAGUUGAAGCAAGCACAGGGGAGAUAUUCACCACAGCUAAUCGCAUUGACCGUGAGAAGCUCUGCUCUGGAGUUUUUAGCGAGAAGCGCUGCUUCUAUGAGAUUGAGGUGGCUGUGCUGCCUGAUGAGAUCUUUCGACUGGUUAAAAUCCGUUUUCUCAUUGAAGACAUCAAUGACAAUGCUCCGCUGUUCCAGUCUACUGUGAUCAACAUCUCUAUCCCUGAGAAUACAGCAAUCAACAAUCGCUAUCCAGUACCAUCUGCCUUUGACCCUGACGUGGGGAUAAAUGGAAUCCAACACUAUGAGCUCGUCAAGAGUGUAAGUGAAUUUGGUCUGGACAUCAUUGAGACUCCAGAAGGAGACAAGUGGCCACAGCUCAUAGUACAGCAGAACCUGGAUCGAGAAACCAAGGACACCUUUGUGAUGAAGAUAAAAGUGGAAGAUGGCGGUACGCCUCCAAAGUCCAGCACUGCUAUCUUGCAGGUUACCGUCUCAGAUGUGAAUGACAAUCGUCCGGUGUUCAAGGACAAUGAAGUGGAGGUGAAUGUGCUUGAGAAUGCCCCUAUGGGGACAUCAGUCACACAACUCCAUGCUACUGACGCUGAUCUGGGAUCCAAUGCUCAGAUCCACUUUUCCUUAAGCAACCAAAUCUCCCCAGCCAGCAAACGGCACUUUGCAAUUGACAGCUUUUCUGGAUUGAUCACCAUCAAGCAACCACUGGACAGAGAGUCUAACCCAGUUCACAAGCUGAUUGUCCUGGCCAAUGAUGGUAGUGCUACCCCUUCAAGAGCUACUGUGCUAAUAAAUGUAACGGAUGUUAAUGACAACGUCCCUUUCAUAGAUACUCGGUAUAUAAUGAACCCUGUUAAUGGCACUGUAUUGUUAUCUGAAAAUGCCCCUCUAAACACAAAAAUAGCUCUAAUUACUGUGACUGACAGAGAUGCUGACCUUAAUGGUAAAGUGACUUGUUACACAGAUCAUGACGUACCCUUUCGGUUGAAGCCAGUUUUUAACAACCAGUUCUUGCUGGAAACUGCAGCCCCCUUAGAUUAUGAGACUACUCGAGAGUAUGCAAUUAGGAUUGUUGCAUCGGAUUCAGGAAAACCUCCUUUGAACACUUCAGCAAUGGUCCUCAUUAAAAUCAAGGAUGAAAAUGACAAUGGCCCAGUUUUCCCUCAACCAGAGAUUCAGCUGUCUAUCCCAGAGAACAAUGAUCCUGGAACACAGCUGAUAAAACUCAGUGCCACAGAUGCAGACAGUGGUUCUAAUGCACUUAUUCUUUAUACUCUUGGCUCUGAUGCACCUGAUGGGUUUAACAUUGACCUGCGGUCUGGUAUCCUCUCUGUUAGCAAGAGGCUAGAUAGAGAAAAACAAGAAAAAUAUUCAUUCACAGUUAUUGCCAGAGACAAUGGCUCUAAUCCUCUGCAAAGUAAUGUCACAGUGAAGCUAAUUGUCCAGGACCAAAAUGACAACAGCCCAGCUUUCACACAUCCAGAGUACAAUUUCUAUGUGCCUGAGAAUUUGCCUUUGUAUGGCACAGUUGGCUUGAUUACAGUUACAGAUGCAGAUGCUUCUGAUAAUGCGGUGAUCACCCUCUCAAUCAUAAAUGGAAAGGAACAUUUUAUUAUUGACCCCAAAACUGGGGUGAUCAAACCAAAUAUUACAUUUGACAGGGAGCAGCAAAGUUCCUAUACCUUUGUAGUCAAGGCUGUGGAUGGAGGAGUAAUUCAAACAACUUCAUAUGCCAAGGUAACCAUAAAUGUUGUUGAUGUCAAUGACAAUCGGCCUGUGUUUGUUAUCCCGUCCUCCAAUUACUCCUAUGACCUAGUCCCUUUUACAACCAGCCCUGGCUCUGUGGUCACCAGAGUGUUUGCCAUUGAUAAUGAUACUGGCAUGAAUGCAGAGCUGCAAUACAGCAUUAUAGGGGGGUCACCAAGAGGACUAUUUGCUAUUGAAAAACAUACAGGAAACAUUACCCUGCAAGAGAAGUUUGUUAAUGCUGAUCAAGGCCUUCAUAGGUUGGUGGUGAAAGUCAAAGAUUUGGGACAGCCAGAAUCCUUGCAUGCAAUAGCCCUUGUUCACUUGUUUGUGAAUGAUACCAUCUCCAAUGCCACAUUCAUUCAGGAGCAGGUUCGCAAAAGCAUGGAGACCCCUUUGGACAGAACUGUUGGGAACAAUGAUGUAAUCCCUCAGACCAAUGGCUAUGUAAUUGUUGUGAUAGCCAUAAUUGCUGGAACUAUGACAGUCAUCUUAGUUAUUUUUGUGACUGCUUUGGUACGUUGUAGACAGACACCCAGGCAUAAAGUUGUUCAGAAGGGGAAGCAGAGUGGUGAGUGGGUAUCACCAAACCAGGAAGGCCGUCAAAUCAAAAAGAAAAAGAAGAAAAAGAAGAGAUCCCCAAAGAGCUUGCUGCUUAACUUUGUGACUAUUGAAGAAUCUAAGUCUGAAGACCCUACCCAUGAGCACAUCAAUGGAACUUUAGACCUCCCAGUUGAACUUGAGGAGCAGACAAUGGGGAAGUAUAACUGGGCCACUACACCAACCACUUUUAAACCUGACAGUCCUGACUUAGCCAAGCAUUACAAGUCAGCUUCUCCCCAGCCUACCUUUCAGAUCAAACCAGAGACCCCAGUGGCUCCUAAGAAGCACCAUGUGAUUCAGGAGCUCCCCUUGGACAACACAUUCGUAGUUGGCUGUGACUCACUCUCCAAGUGCUCCUCCAGUAGCUCCGAUCCCUACAGUGUCUCAGAGUGCAGCUGUCAAGGGAGCUUCAAGACACCUGGGCAAAUCCACACCCGACAGGAGACGGCACUGAAACCGCCACUCUAUGGCACACUCUGUGGCACAAGUACAGCUCGCUCCCACAGGAUAAAAAUCAAUCUCUAGCUGCCAUAUCCUAAAGAGAGAGAGGGAGGGAGAGGAAGGCACUGACUGAAGAGGGGGAAAAAGCGCAUACUGUACAGGUUUCACUGCCUCAAAUAUGACCUAUAGAGAGGACUGCCAGACUAUUUUAACUGAAGCAUCUUUUUUUCUCGAAGAAAAAUUCUCCUAGUGGUUUUGUAGGAGAUUUGAAAUGUUUUGUUCAUUCCCUCGGUGUCCCCUUAAGUCACAACUCUCGAGUUUCCCCACCAGCUCACCCAAAUUGCAUUUGAAACACAGUGAACAAUUAUGUACAGGAUGUGUAUAUCAGUGCUUAUGUAUAUUCACCAGUCAUUUUGUGUGGGUGUCUAUUUAUUUACAUGCUUGUUUUAAUUUUAUGACAAAGUUCAGCUAAACUUUAACAUACCUGGUAGCUAUUUUUUCUUUGCCCCUGCCAUAACAUUGACUUUCCCAAUCCUGGAACUUGAUUAAUGAGUGACCAAUCGUUUCUCAAGAUGCAGACCACUUUUUGACUGUUUUGGGAAUGCCACAUUGUACCUCUCAGCGAUUGCCUUUGUUCUCCUUGCCUAAUGACACUGUCCCAAAGUACGUACAUUUUUCAAUGCUUGAGGUAUCACUGCAACACAUUACAGUGUUCUGAAGGUGUGUCACUGAUUGCCUCAAAUUGUCAUUUAAAACUUGGAGGAAUAAAAAAACAAACAAGUAAAUAAAUAAAACAUCGAUGCUUUGAGCAAAGCCACAGUCACAGAGAAUAUAACACAAGGUUCCUAAACAAACAACAAACAAGCAAACAAAAAAACUAAAUCAAAAGCUCCUUUAAUAUGACUAUAGCAAGGAACACGGUCUGACCUUUAUAUGUUGUCUGUCAUAGUCAGUUUUGAAAUCCAAGUCAGUAUAACUUGUGAGUUGUAUUUAUUUGGUUUCAUGGUGUAAACUUCAGACAGUGUGUAUAGACUUUAUAGGCUUCUGGUGCCUGUGUGUGGGCAGAUUCUGAAACUCACAUGCCAUUUAUUCACAUCAAGAAUCAAAACAAAAAAUAGUUUGUAUGUGAAAUACAAGAAUAAGUGGAGUAUUCAGGCUUUACAUAAAAAGCAAUAAAGUACUGUUGAGGGAAUUCAUGCAGCAGAAUCACUUUAAGCUUGACCAUAUGUGAGCCUUUGUUAGAAAGUCUGUUAUACUCAAGUUUCAGACCUGUUAUAGAUGAAUACAACUUUUUAAUAGUAUAGAAAGAACUGAUUCAAUGGAGAGCCCCUUUAAUCAGUAGUAAAACAUUUCCUGGGGCUAAUGGACUGCUUUGAUAUUGGUAGAAGAUGGUGUAGAGAACACACUAUGCCUCAUACAUUUAAAUGUAGCACUGUGUAACAGAUAGAUUUACCAAAUUUUUCAAGUAAAAAAAGGCUAUUAUUUGUGUGGAGGAGAUAAACAUCAUUACUUGUCAUAUGUGAAGUACAAUAUGCACCUUUAAAUUCUCUUUGUAUUCUUAUUUGCUAAUGUGUGACCUGUGUAUGAUGUUUUGUUACUGUAUGUUUGAGCUUCUGAACUUUAUUAAAGUAUUUUGCAUUGUA